AUGGCAACUGUUGAACAACCGCCCGUGCAGCGCAUCCCGCGCUCCCGCUCAGCCCGGCUAGCCGAUCAAGCUCUCAAAGAAACGGGUUCUCGCCCUGGCUACAGCCAUGCAUCGGCCGUCGCAGCCCUUUCCCAAGCAAGAAACCGACAGCAGCAACAGGAUCGACAAGCGGCAGCGGCCUUUUAUGUCCAGGACUAUCGCAUUGAAAGCCCGUCCGGUCUCGGACGUCAGGCCUCCCUGUCGGCGUCUCUGAACCGCAAAUCGGGGGUUUCUUUCGCGGAUGACCAGAAAUAUGACAUUUCCGCCGCCGAUCUGAGUCCCGACGUCCGUCGAGAGAUCGAUGUCCGGGAAAAGGCCAUCAGCGCCGCCAAAGAGGCUUUGUACGGUAGAAGGAGGGCUGGUUCGGAGCCUCCCGACGCCUUUGUCCACGAGGGUUCGGUCGGCGGUGUCGAGGGUGCCAUGUCUGCCAGCAGAAUCCAGAACGCUGCAAACGCCAAUGCUCGCCUCUAUACCGCCUCGCCACCAGUCUCACCAGAACUGGAAGAGCAGAAACGGAAGAGCGUGAUACAAGCGGCGGCCGGAGCCAUGGCACGGGAUAUGUAUAAUAUCACCCAACAUACAGAUGGGGCAGAGCUGGGCGCUGCGAUCCCGGCGGCCAAACGUGGCCAUGUUCGAGCCGUAUCUCAAAGCUCAGCCACUAAAUCUCAUGCCACCGCCCUGCAACAUGCAAUUGCGGUGCAAGAGAUCGCGCAGAAGCGUGCAGCAGAGAAGCUGGCCAGUAUGGAGGAUGAAAACUUGAUCUAUCGGGAGUACUACGGCGUCGAACAUCAACCGACCCGGUCCAGUCUCACUACUCGGAAGCGGAGAGGCUCCAUCGAGUCAGACACGUCGGCCUUCGACAUGGAGCGAUCAAGGGAGAUCAGGCAUCAGAUGACGAGCCUCCGCACCAAGCUUGACGCGGUCGACGAACAGAGAGAAAAGGAUCGUGCUCUCCUCCUGGAAGCUGCAAAAAGAAACGUCGACGCGACUAUGCAAGAUAUGGAGCUGCGCGUAUGCGCUCAGACGGGUCGUGCUCCACCAUCCGUGCGGAAGGAGUGGGAGGAAGCAGCCCUGGCACGAGCGGAGCAGGACGUGAGGAACCUGGAUGCAGAGCUCAGCUACGAAGACAAGGUCAACCUUGGGCUGUCGAAGUACAUGGACAUGUCUGAGAUUGAGGCUCUGGCGCGCUCGCGUCUCCAACCCACCUUCGACGAGAUCACCAACCGUGCAGAGACCGAGAGGGCCAAGGCCUUGGAGGAGCGCCUGGAUGAAGAAGAAAGGCAACGACAGCUGGAGAUUGACCGCCAGCGGGAGGCCGACACCAGAGCCGAAGAGAAGCGGGAGAAAGCGGCCUUGAAGCAUGACCUGAAGACCAAGGAAGGCAAGACUUGGCUCUGGAGAAGAAAGUCCAAGCGCGUCAAGGGCCGGGAUUCUACCGCCGGGACCUUCACUACCGAAAAAGUGGCCGCAGAACAACCCCAGCCGAUCGCUGAACAGAGGGCGUAUCAGACCCCACAGCAAACCACCGAGGCCCAGAGUGCGGAUCGCGACCAGGGCGCCGUCGCCUCGGGGGCCGGAGCCGCAGAAUCCGCUGCAAUGGAGCCCGUUACCCGAAGCGAAUCGAAGCUCAAAACAUGGUUUGGCAGGCUGAGCGGUCGCCGUUCCAGUGCCGCUGCGGGCGAGGCUGCUGGCGAGACUGAACAGGCUCCUGAAGAAGCCGUUGCUGGCGAGGCUGCCGCUGGAGAGGCUGCCGCUGGAGAAGCGGCGGUUCCGAGCGAAGCCCCCGAACGUGAGGUCGCUCCUGCAAAAGAGGAGCCGGCUGCGGUGGAUACUUCGAAGACAGCAGAAGACCAGGAUCAGAGACCGUCGAGCGCCACUGGUGGAGGAGCAACCGAGGCCCGUGAAAACGAACGAGCUGCGGCCCUCAUGUCUAACCCCGUCACGGCCGAUGAUUUGCGUGUCAUGCAGAGAAAGUCCGUUGACGAAGGCAUGGUCGCUGGCCUGGGCGCCAAAAAGGGCAUCCCCACGGAGGGGUCGAGCGAUGGAUCGGAGAACGGCGAAUGGUCUCGUCUGAAGUCCAGAUUCUCCAAGAUGGUCUCCAAGAGCUCUGGUGAGCUCAAGACCAACGGGGCUACGGGCUAUGAGAAGGAGAGCAGCCGCGGUGGCUUGCCGGUCGAACAUAUCGCGGCCGAUGACCUGCCCGCACAGGCCCGACAGGAGCUUCGCGAAGGCGCUGCGGACCAGGGCUUGCCUGUGCCUCCAGCGAUUGGGAAGCAGGAAAGCAUUGGCACUGGUCGUGAGUCGCGGUUCUCGGAAGACCUGUGA